AUGGGAACCAUGGAGUCAUGGGAAAGUACAAGGAGCUUCUACCGGGAAAAACAUACUCUACGAAGCAUGGAGGGUCACGUGGAACCGUUUAGGCGUGCCUUCUCGGAAAUAGACGUAAACGAUGAUGGCGUCAUUACAAAGGUGGAUCUACAGACCUUCGUUCGGAAGAACCGUCUUGUUGAAGAUGAGAUGAUUGAGGUAGUUAUAUUGGUUGAAUUUGCCUUCUUUGAUCUUUUUGGGCACUUUUGA